CUUCCACAACUCUCUCUCUCUCUCUCUCUCCAUAUAUACAAACAGAUCGACAAACGGGCGACACCCCUCCUGAAACUUCGAAGUCUCCACCCACCUUCGUCCUUUCCCCUCUCUCCCGUUUCUUCCCCGUACCGAAACGCGCAUCUCAUUUGACCGGAGAUCACAUCGCAGCUCGAAACGUUUUCAAUUGCACUCGCUCCCCUUUUCAUUUCCGGCGUUUCGAUCCCGCAAAACAAUUUGGACGCGGUUCCGUUGUUUCCAGAUCGGAAAAAACGUUUUCUUUGUCUCACUGCGUGUUCGAUGCUGUGCCUCUGGAUCGGAGGGUAAGUGUUUGUUUGGUGCGAUGGCCAGGGUCAGAUCGUCGUCAUCGUCGAGUAGAUUGAGGUACUGCAACCCGGCGUAUUACUUGAAGCGGCCGAAACGCUUGGCUUUACUCCUCAUCGCAUUCGUUUCCGUCACUCUUGUUGUCUGGGACCGUCAGACUCUCCUCAGAGAACACGAGGAAGAAGUUGCCAAGUUAAGUGAACAAUUGAGCCAUUUGAAAAGUUUGGUGGAAGACUCACAAAAUGUGCAAGGUGAUGCCACUAAAAAGGUUAUGUUGAAGGGCAGGGGUGGUGAGAAAGAGGUUGUCCUGGACCCAAUUGACAUUCAAAGAAGAGAAAAGGUCAAAGAAGCUAUGAUUCACGCAUGGAGUUCAUAUGAGAAGUAUGCAUGGGGCCAAGAUGAACUUCAGCCGCAAUCAAAGAAUGGUGUUAAUAGCUUUGGUGGUCUUGGAGCAACACUAGUAGACUCUCUUGAUACACUGUAUAUAAUGGGUCUUCAUGAGCAGUUCCAAAAAGCUAGAGAGUGGAUUGCAACCUCAUUGGAUUUUGACAAGGAUUAUGAGGCUAGUGUUUUUGAGACAACCAUAAGAGUUGUAGGUGGACUUCUCAGUGCAUAUGAUCUCUCAGAAGAUAAACUUUUCCUUGAUAAGGCUAGAGAGAUUGCAGACAGAUUGCUGCCUGCAUGGGAUACACCUAGUGGGAUACCUUACAACAUUAUCAACUUGGCACAUGGAAGGCCGCACAAUCCUUCAUGGACUGGGGGUGACAGUAUUUUGGCAGAUUCUGGCACAGAGCAGGUGGAGUUUAUUGCUCUUUCUCAGAGAACAGGAGACCCGAAAUACCAGCAGAAGGCUGAGAAAGUUAUAGUGGAGCUUAACAAAACUUUCCCUGAUGACGGCUUGCUUCCUAUUUAUAUUAAUCCUGAAAGAGGAACUUCAGGACGCUACAUUAUAACCUUCGGUGCCAUGGGUGACAGCUUCUAUGAAUAUUUACUCAAAGUCUGGAUACAGGGGAAUAAAACUUCAGCUGUAAAGCCGUACAGAGAUAUGUGGGAGAAAUCAAUGACAGGUCUGUUGAGCUUGAUCCGGAGAACAACACCAUCAUCUUUUGCAUAUAUGUGUGAGAAGAAUGGAAACUCUCUCACAAACAAGAUGGACGAACUAGCGUGCUUUGCUCCAGGAAUGCUGGCUUUAGGGUCAUCUGGUUAUGGUCCCGAUGACUCUAAGAAAUUCUUAACACUUGCAGAAGAGCUUGCUUGGACAUGCUAUAACUUCUACCAGUCAACACCAACAAAAUUAGCUGGAGAGAACUAUUUCUUUUAUGCUGGGCAGGACUUGAGCGUGGGUACGUCGUGGAAUAUACUGAGACCAGAGACGGUUGAAUCACUCUUUUACCUCUGGCGUUUGACUGGCAACAAGACAUACCAAGAGUGGGGCUGGAAUAUAUUUCAAGCAUUUGAAAAGAACUCCCGCAUAGAGUCAGGAUAUGUUGGACUGAAAGAUGUUAACACUGGCGAGAAAGACAAUAUGAUGCAAAGCUUCUUUCUUGCGGAGACUCUCAAAUACCUCUAUCUUCUUUUUUCACCCUCCUCAGUCAUCUCGCUAGAUGAAUGGGUUUUCAACACAGAAGCUCACCCAAUAAAAAUUGUGGCCAGGCAUGACGCUGUCACUUCUGGAAUAGCAAAUGGGAACGACAGACCAAAGAUUAGAUUGCGCGGCAGGAAGGCAGGCCGAACACGAGAGUAAUAGGUUUUGUUCAAUCCUAGUGUGAUUCAAGGGUCCAAGUAGAUGAAGAUUAGUCUGUUGAGAUUCGAUGUCCGCUUUUGUACGAGGAGGAACUGAUUCGGCUCUGCAAAUUUCACGCGGCGGUGUUGUAUUCUAUGGUAACACAUGUGUGCGCUUCUUUCUUCACAGUGAUGGAUCUGUAACAUACUAACAUAGCAUAUAUACAGAGAGCAUUCGCCGGUCGUCACCUCACAGGAAAAUGGAUAUUCAUCUCUUAUUACCCAUUUGGGAAUAUGGAAUAUGGAAUAUGGAUCCAUCCACAUUUGUCAUUUCAAGGAGGAAUUCUUUUGGUUUAAACUUUUUACCCCCUCCAUUUGACAUGUCUCUGCCACUUUGUUAUAGUGAAUUGCUUAUUUCGGUAAAACCUCGACCUGUAAUAUUCCUUUGCUAUAUUUACAUGAUUUUUUGGAAA